CCAGUUGUGCGGUUUUUUUUUGUUACUGUCGAAGAAUCACUCUCGUCGCUGGUGGUUGCUGCAACUCGUAGGACCAGUUUUCGUCCCGUUCGGUUAUCGUGGGAGGAAACGAGACGGCGGCGGCGGUGAAGGGCUGGAAUUUGGGACAAAAUUUGGUUAAGGCCUACCGAGACGACAGCCUGCGUCGGACGCGCAGAGUUCAAAGUGAAAGCGAAAGUGAUUACAUAUUUAUCUCUGAAUAUAUUUCUUUAUUUAUAAAACGGUCGGUCGGUCGGUCGGGGGUGAGAUGGACACGGCGGCGGAGGGCGUGUUGAACAACGGCAACUGUGCCAAGUCGUCGGAGGAGGACAAGUGUGCGAGGAGCGUCGAAGCUCCGUUGAUGAAGAUCAAGACGUACCUGUCGGCGCUGCGACCGUGGUCACUGUCGGCGAGUUUGGUGCCGACGCUGCUGGGAGCGGCGAUCGCGUACAGGACGGUUGGCUUUGCGGAGUUUAAUUUCUUGACGUUUGUGUUUACCGUUUUCACGGUGGUCACGGUUCACUGCGCGGGCAACGUGGUCAACACGUACUUUGACUUUGUGAAGGGGAUCGACAACCGGAAGUCGUCGGACGACCGGACGCUGGUGGACCACAUACUGACCAAGGAUGAGGUCGUGACGCUCGGGGCGUCGCUUUAUUGCGCCGGGUGUGUUGGAUUCAUCUUCCUGGUUUACCUCUCGCCGGCCAAGCUGGAGCACUUGGCGUUGGUUUACUUUGGGGGAUUGUCGUCCAGCUUCCUGUACACCGGUGGCAUUGGUCUGAAGUACAUUGCUCUCGGAGACGUGCUGAUCCUGAUCAUCUUUGGACCGAUUUCGGUCCUGUUCGCGUACAUGGCCCAAACUGGGCACGUCGAGUGGAUGACCAUCUACUACGCGGUCCCCCUAGCUCUCAACACCGAGGCCAUCCUGCACAGCAACAACACGCGUGACGCGGACGCCGAUCGGCGCGUCGGAAUCGUCACCCUCGCAAUCCUCAUCGGCAAGACGUCCUCGUACAUCUUGUACGCGCUCCUGCUCUUCACCCCCUACGUCAUGUUCGUCGUACUGGGCGUCAAAUACUCCGGCGCGUUCCUCAUCCCGAUGGUGACGCUCCCGCAGGCGUUCAAAAUCGAAAAACAGUUCCGCAACGAAGCGACCCUGCACGGCGUUCCGCGGCAAACCGCCAAGCUUAACCUGUUCUUCGGAAUCCUGUACGUGAUGGCGUGCUUCUGCGCGACCCAGCUGCCCUUUAUCACGCGGAAGUAAUCCCAAGAACCGCGUGCUUUUCUGUUGUGCUUCGUCUCGCGCUCACAUCCGGACUAGGAUCGAUAGUUGUUAGUUAUUUAUUCUUCAGAGGUUGAGAUUUUUCUUAUUAUAACUUUGUUGUCGCGUCGUACAUCGUAAUGCAUGUAUAUCUGUUUAAGUUCGCAAGACCACUAGUUGAGGGCAUUACACAAACCUUUUAUACCUCACGCACGCGCGCACUCUAGACUGUUACAAGAUUUCUUCGUUCCUGUUCUAUAACUUUAACACACUCUAACUAGUUUCGCGUAGAUCGCUUAGGGAAAGCCGAGCGGCCACCUUUCCAACGUCGCUACGUAAAUUACUAAAGAAUCUCUUGCCAACCGCGUUUCGCUUGCUCCUAAGUUUGAUAUUCGAAUAACCUAGAAUCAAAAUUUUCCCAGUUGGACCGCUCGGAUUUUCGCUUGCACCCUACAUAUCAGAAAAAAGAACCGCGCGAAUCAAGCGGCGGUGACCAGUCUUACCAAAUUCCCCCAGAAAAAAAAAUGCUCUCCCAAUCCCACCCCCCACACAAAACUCCAAGAUCGUACUUAAGCGAAGUCGUCUAUUUGUUAUAAGAUGGUACGCGGAACUUACAAAAUCGUGAGCGACAAUAAUUAGCUAUUAUUACCUUUAAAAUAAUAAACGAACGAAAGAAAAAAAGAUAUCGAGAGAUCCACCAAUUAAAACCGCAAAAAAGGAAAGAACAAAUCACAAAAAAAAAUUUAUUUAAUAUAUACCAAGCGACAAGCAACACAAAAAAAAACCUUUAAACAAAAAUACUCUGUUGAUUGUGCAAACAGAAAAGAUGCAGCUGCUCUAAACCUUAGCCGUUAAGCCCAGUGAAUUAAAGUAAAUCUAACUUAACAACAUCUUUCUAUUAGGUAGAUCGUGACGCGACUUCUUGACACUCCUCGACCCCCAAACUUCUUCCCCGAUUUUUUUUUUGGUUGGUUUCAAAGUGCAAUUACGGCGCGGAGCAAUCGUUUGUUGGAAAAACAAAUCAGAAUCAGUAAUGCAAGAGAGGGGACAAGUAUUCCGGGCGCAUAAAAAAAGUAAGAAAAAAAAGAUUGUUCAGUUGUGCUUUUGUGCUUAAACGGUAUCGUAAAUAUAAAUAUAUAAUUAUUAUACAGUAAAUAAUGGUUAGAAGAACAAAGGCAGGACAUGUGUGGAGGAAGUAUCGGUUAACGUUUAGUUUUCAUUUUUGCAUGAUUUCCGUUCUAGAGACUUAUACAUUUGUAAUACAAACAACAAUGGAACAUUUUGUAAAUUAGUAGUAAUUGUAUUGUAGGUGAUAAUAAAAACAAACAUUUAAAAACUU